AUGGCUGAAAUGCACACCCGCUAUUCUUCCUUGAAGAGACGGUUACUUUUCCUCAAUGGCUUCAUGGCUGUGUCUGGCGUGAUCCUCAUUGCCCUGGGCAUCUACGUCAAGUUCAGAGGGGCCGUCCUCACAAAAGUCCUCGGGCUGUCGUCCGUAUACCUGUUCCACGUUAGCUACCUGUGUCUGGUGCUGGGCUGCCUCACAGUGCUGCUGGGCUUCACCGUGUGGUAUGGCACAACCAAAGAAAGCAGAGGCAUUCUCUUGUUUAGCCUCCUGUGGAUGGUUGUCAUCCUCACUGUGGAGAUCACGGUCGCCACCUUGGUCCUUGCCUUCCUCCCAACUGCUCCAGAAGAAUCCCUGGAAUACAACUUUGUGACCCUGAAGAAGGAUUACAGGGGUUACAACGAGCCAGAUGACUUUUCCAUGGAAUGGAACUUGGUCAUGGAGAAGCUGAAGUGCUGCGGGGUGAAGAGCUACACAGAUUUUUCUGGUUCCUCCUUUGCGAAGACGACUGGCUACUCCUACCCCAGGAGCUGCUGCAAAUCCAUCGGGACUGCGGCCUGUACCGGGCACAACGCGUCCUCCGACAUCAUCCACCAGGAGGGCUGCUUCCCCAAGCUCCUGAAAAUAUCCACGACUCAGAGCGUCAACCUGAGUGUAGGCUCGCUGGGGGCAGCGGUGAUGCAGCUGCCAGGAGUUCUUACCACCUUGUUGCUGUUUGUGAAGCUGGGCUGA